AUUGGUGGGGAAGCAAAAUGACCCGUGUGAGAAAUAGGAGGGGAGGGAAUUGGAGAACGGAAAGGGGGAAGAAAUUCCAGAGAAGUCUAGACCUCACUCGCUCUCCCUUUCUUCACUCUUCUAUUCUUUCUGUAUAUUAAACUCUGCAAACGCAUUCCCCUAUCUGCGCAUCAUCGUAAUCGUAAUCCUAAUCCGAAACCUAAUCAUCUUCUUCAUCCAUGGCGGGAUACAAACUGUUGAAGCGGAAAGGCAUCGAUCAUGUUCCCGACGAUUUCUACGAUUUCCCUCUUUCUUCUCCCGCCACCAAGAUUCGCCGUCUGGAUGGUGAGUUGCCGCCAAUUGCAGAGGUGGAACUCGAACAUGAACAACCCUUACCCAUUCCAGCGGAAGCAGAAGCAGAUGCUUCUCCACCUCCCAACGCAGAGAGAGCUCUCGUUCUCUUCAAGCCGCUAAUGCAUUCGUCAUCUCCUUUCUCUCUCACCCUCGACUCUGAUCUCCUCUCUCGAUUCAAGAGGGAAGCGCAUUGGUCAAAAGGUGAUUCUGAUUGCGAGCGCCUCAUAAAAUCAGCGGUGGAGAAGGAAGAACAAGACAAGAGGAACCGUGGAAUGGCUAUUGUGCCUUGGGCACCCUCAUCCAAUUUCGCGCAAGGUUCCAACAUUGCAAAUACAGAGAUGAUGGAAGCUGAUCACAUGGGUCCAGAACCAGAAGAAGAACCAUCCGUGAUGAUGGAUGUAGAAAACCAACAAGAAGAAAAUAAUAGUUAUUUUAAGUCUUCAAGUUCAACGCUAAAUCUAAGUAAUGGUGGUGGUGUUCUUGUUGGUGGAGUGGCAGCAACACCAGAAGGGUUCAACCAGUGGCAGCAACAGCAACAGCAGCAUCAUUGCUUGUGGCCACAUCUUCCUCAAAACAUGUCAACUCCAAUCACAUGGACACUUUUGCAGAGAAUUGCACCUUUUUCAAUAUCAAGGAAUGGAAUGUGGAUAGGAUUAGGCAUGCCAUGGGACUUGAGAGGAUAGGACGGUACAUCUCUGGUAAAACCAGAAUCACAGCAAAAUUAAAUGCCAAAAAACUGGCAGGUCAAUCAUAAGGGAGCCUUUCAGACGACAAUAUAAAUGGAAAGGUCAUGAUGUAAUUCCUAAGUUACGGCCGAAAAUAUUGUUCUUCUAUGUCAUACUCUGUACUCUUCUUCCUUAAGAAAGUAUAUGUAGAUAUUCUUCUCUAUCCAGCAUCUCUAUGAUUCUAUAUAUAUAUGCUAAUCUCCAGUC